CCCGACCAAGCAAGACUGGGGGGGGAGAGGGGGGAAGGCCGGAAUUACCUCUGUGCGAUGUCGGGAUACGAAGCCAAGAGAGGAGAAGCUGGGUGGGGUUUCGCCCACCCGCCAGACGAUCCUCAAGAUUCAGGCACGAAGAUGGACUAGACUCGUCUUGAAGCGUGGUCGACCGUUUUUUCCCUUUCCUGUCUCAGUGUCUCUCUCUAUCUAUCUCUCUAUCACACUUAUUAUUACCUACUAGUCCUGGCAAUCAGAGUCCCUCUGGCCAAACUGGGCUUGUCGUUGUGCUUGCUUGACGGCCUGGUGCUCGUGCUCGCCUCUCCUUAACCUCCCUCAUUUGCCUCCGUCCGUAAGACCGACCGUGUCUCUCCGAUAUGCAGCUCCCUCGUCGCCCACGAUGAAGGCCGCUUCUGAUAAGCAUUUUCGCUGCACCGUCUGCCAGCGAGGGUUUACUCGCAUUGAUCAUCUGAAACGACAUCAUCUUCGCCAUUCCGGCCUGAAACCUUACUCUUGCGUAUUCUGUGCUGAGGCAUUUGCUCGUUGUGAUAACCUCCGCGACCACUACGCCGACUGCUCGAAGCGCGGCGAUCGCAAGAUUCCAGAGACGGGCCAGCGGGGAAGAAGGCGACAUGCGUGCCAGUCGUGCACCUCGAUGAAACUCCGCUGCGACGGCGAGAGUCCGUGCAGUUCGUGUCUGAAGCGAGGGCUAGAAUGCAACAACCACAGGAAUAACCCGGUCAAGGAGGCCAGUCAGUCGCCCUCGUCGCAUUUCGACCUUCUGAAUUCACGUCCUGACGCCGUCGGUUCUACAGGUAUGACGUCAGGCAGUCAGGUUGCCGAUGAGGACAACUCCGACCGCGGCUCCAUCAAAUUCCUCCUGAACGCAGGCACCGACAGCUUCACCGAACACUUCCAGCUUCCUCCCCGCAGUGACCUUCAGCGACGUCUUAUCCGUCACAAUGACCAUCACAAUGAAACGGCGCGGGAAGACCCGUUACAGACGUCGCGGCAUCCUCCCCAGACCAAACGCGAGGCUGUCGAGGAAAAUUCAGACUCUUCAUCCCCAUUUUACCAGGACGAUUUUAUCAACUUUUUCAGUGGGCCCUUUGCCGAUGUACACAAGUCUGUGGAUGAUCCAUUGACCGGGGCUGCCGCCUACCGAGCUGGCGUCCCGCCGGUUCAGGACCCGAAUCUCACUGCGUACGAACCGGAACGACCCUUCGCCAGCGCGCUGACCCAGGCAAUUCGGACGCGUGCCUGGACCCUUCCACUCGACAACAAGGCGCGGGAUGAGUUAUCGAUGAACCUCGGCUUCUUGCUGACGACAACCCGGAUCCGCAAGUUCGCUGCCAUGUACUUCAAGUACUGGCACACCAGUUGCCCCAUCACGCAUGCCCCCAGCUUCGAUCUGGAGACCGCCCCAAUGGCGCUCCUGGUGGCAGUUGUCUUUAUGGGAGCUAUGUAUUCUAACGAUGAGAAAGAGGCUUAUGUUGCAAGGCGCGUUUUGGACUUUGCUGAGUUCUUCAUCUUUUCCAACGACACUUUCUCAUCCGAAAAUGAAAUUUGCACGACCUUCUCCGGGACUCGAGUCUUCGAUGGCGAUAUUGGCGACUGGACCCAGUUUCAGAACCUCCAGGCCGGCGUACUGAUGGUCAUUCUACAAUAUUGGGCCGGCAAUCCGGUGUCACGAAACCGGGCUUUGGAGAACCGUUUCAGCGAAGUUGUCAAGGUCGCUCGGAAAAUUGGUUUAACAAGCUGUCAACAUACAUCCCAAAAUUCUGUCAGCGAGUACAUUUGGAUCCAAACGGAGUCUCGAAUCAGAACCAUCAACGUUAUCUCGCUUGUUGACUGUUCCUUCUCCCUCUUCCGAAACUACCCUUGCCGGCUGAUCCAUACGGAGAUGAACUGCGAUUUGCCUUGCGAAGAGCAUCUGUUCCGCUCACCACACCCAUUUUCAGAUCGCAAGUUCAAGCUCAGCCGAAAUAUCACUAUCUCAGAGGCCUUCCAGAACCUCUUUGAAAAAUACCCAAAGCGAGAGCCGCCGGAUGGCCUCUCGUAUUCCCUGUCGCAGUCCCCUAGGCCAGCGCCAGACAUAAACCCGCUACAACUGACUGUUUUUGACAUGUUCGUCAUGAUACACGUUCUUUAUGCAUUCAUCAAUACCCACAUGACACAUCUUGUUCCUUUUAUGCGCUCCCAGGCCUCCACCUCUUCUUCACAAUCGCAGCCAUACGACAUCUACACCUCUACCCACCGACCAUCCUCGCAAUUGAAUCCGGACGACCCCAUCCUAGCCUCUAUCCGGACGGCGCUCUCCCGCUGGCGUGAGAUCUGGUUCACUCUACAAAACCAAAUGCCUCAUGACAAAUGGGUGACGAUGGGGAUCUACCGCAAUGGCUACAACUUCUGGCUCGUCGCCCAGCUGCUCAUCACCAAGAAAGCGAGCAUCGAUGUCAUAAUGCAGAUGGAAGUCAAAUGCGAGGAUAAAUUACAGAAACUCAAGGUCUUGCUCCAGGACGAGAAUGAGUAAUUACUCCCCCCACCCUUCGACUCUGUUCAAUUUUCUUCUUCCAAAAUUUCUUCCACGAUCCUUUAUUUUUCUUCUUGUGCUGUAUUCUAUCUUUUCAGGGGGCAUGGUGUACAUACAGAUAACGGCGUUGGUCAGCAUGGAAAAAAGUCACGAUGUGGGAGGCUGAGCCUGUGUGUUUAAUAAUUCCUGUGAUUUAAUGGCAUAUAAGUUAAUUUCAUAAAUAAGACUCCAAAGUAGCCACGCC